CAGCCAACUUAACGCCAUUGAAAGCAGAAUUUGCAGAAAAAAACUAUUGAAGAUACAUAUUCUGAAAACAAGUGCUUCAACAAACGCAAAUCGCAAACGAACGGCUGCUGAACGGAAAAAAAGGCAGGAAAAGAAACGCGAAUUGAGUGUGCGUGCGUGCGAGUGUGUGUGCGUGUGACUGCAAUGCGACGCUCGCCCGGGUGAUCCGGCUGUGCGCCCAGGUUUCCGUUCCAUUCGUCGCUCGAAAACAAAUACAAACAACGGGCGGGGGAGGCGGAGACAAGGCGGCCAACGAAGGUGCUCCACUUGUCCACGGCGCAAGGAAAUGUUCUCCGGGCCGCACACCAUUAGCUACGGGGGCGGGAUCGGUCUUGGUAGUGGCGGAGGCGGGGCUGGCAGAGGAGUAGGCGGAGGCUCCCAUGGCGGUGGCGCUGGUUCUGGCAUCGGGGGACGAGGGGGAGGUGGGGGCGUGGCCGGGCCGCAGGAUUGCGAUGGCUACGAUUUUACCAAAUGCGAGAAUGCAGCCCGUUGGCGCGGUCUGUUCACGCCCUCGCUGAAGAAGGUGCUGGAGCAAGUGCAUCCACGGGUCACCGCCAAGGAGGACGCUCUUUUGUACGUGGAAAAGCUCUGUCUUCGACUGCUGGCCAUGCUGUGUGCAAAGCCGCUGCCCCAUUCCGUUCAGGACGUGGAGGAGAAGGUGAACAAGUCCUUUCCGGCGCCUCUCGAUCAGUGGGCCCUCAACGAGGCCAAGGAGGUGAUCAACUCGAAGAAACGCAAGUCGGUUCUGCCGACGGAACGGGUGCACACGCUGCUCCAGAAGGAUGUGCUGCAGUACAAGAUCGACAGCUCCGUUUCCGCGUUUUUGGUAGCCGUGCUCGAGCACAUCUCCGCGGACAUCCUCAAGAUGGCCGGCGACUACGUGAUCAAGAUCGCCCACUGCGAGAUCACCAAGGAGGACAUCGAGGUGGUGAUGAACGCCGACGGCGUGCUAAUGGAGAUGCUCAACCAAAGCGAGGCGCACAUCCUGCCCAGCCCCUUGUCGCUACCCGCGCAGCGGGCAAGUGCCACCUACGAAGAGACGGUAAAGGAGCUGAUCCACGAUGAGAAGCAGUACCAGCGCGACCUGCACAUGAUCAUACGCGUUUUUCGCGAGGAGCUGGUGAAGAUCGUCUCGGAUCCCAGGGAGCUAGAGCCGAUAUUCUCCAAUAUCAUGGACAUUUAUGAAGUGACGGUGACGCUGCUUGGCUCCCUGGAGGAUGUGAUUGAGAUGUCCCAGGAGCAGAGUGCACCCUGUGUGGGCAGUUGCUUCGAGGAAUUGGCCGAGGCCGAGGAGUUCGAUGUGUACAAGAAGUACGCUCACGAUGUGACCUCGCAGGCCUCGCGGGACGCACUCAGCAAUCUUUUGUCCAAGCCAGAGGCAGCAUCCUUGACCACAGCUGGUCACGGCUUCCGGGAUGCCGUUAAAUACUAUCUGCCCAAGCUGCUUCUGGUGCCCAUUUGCCAUGCGUUCUUCUACUUCGACUACAUUAAGCAUCUCAAGGAUCUCAGCUCGUCGCAGGACGACAUCGAGAGCUUCGUAUCGGUCCAGGGCCUGCUGCAUCCACUCCACUGCGAUCUCGAGAGGGUUCUAGCAGGUCUUUCCAAGGAGCGGCUGGUACCCGUCAGCGGUCGAGUGCGCCGCCAGCUGGCGAUUGAGCGAACGCGGGAGCUCCAAAUGAAGGUCGAGCACUGGGAGGACAAGGACGUGGGCCAGAACUGCAAUGAAUUUAUUCGCGAGGACUCGCUAAGCAAACUGGGAUCUGGCAAACGAAUCUGGAGCGAACGCAAGGUCUUUCUGUUCGACGGACUCAUGGUGCUGUGCAAGCCAAAGAAGCAAACGCCUUCAGCGGGAGCGACGGCCCACGACUACAGGCUGAAGGAGAAGUUCUUCAUGAGACGUGUGGACAUCAACGACCGACCGGACAGCGAUGAUCUGAAGAACAGCUUCGAGCUGGUACCCAGGAUGCAGCCGGCAAUUGUGCUGACAGCUAAAAAUGCACAGCACAAAAACGAUUGGAUGGCAGACCUGCUGAUGGUGAACACAAAGUCGAUGUUGGACCGACAUUUGGACAGCAUAUUACAAGACAUAGAGCGGAAGCAUCCGCUGCGUAUGCCCAGCCCGGAGAUCUACAAGUUUGCGGUGCCGGACAGCGUUGACAAUAUCGUUCUGGAGGAGCGCGAAAGCGCCGGAGUGCCGAUGAUCAAGGGAGCCACGCUCUGCAAACUGAUCGAGCGCCUCACCUAUCACAUUUACGCCGAUCCGACAUUCGUGCGCACCUUCCUCACCACAUAUCGCUACUUCUGCUCGCCCCAGCAACUGUUGCAGCUGCUGUUGGAGCGCUUCAACAUACCCGAUCCUAGUUUGGUUUACCAGGACACCGGUGCUACAGGAGCGGGAGGAAUCGGCGGCGGCGACAAGGAGCACAAGAACACGCAUCGCGAAGACUGGAAGCGAUAUCGCAAGGAGUACGUGCAACCUGUGCAGUUUCGAGUGCUUAACGUGCUUCGCCAUUGGGUGGAUCACCAUUUCUAUGACUUCGAGAAGGAUCCAAUGCUGCUGGAAAAGCUGAACAACUUUUUGAAUGGCGUGAAUGGCAAAUCGAUGCGCAAAUGGGUGCUCUCCGUGCUGAAGAUUGUUAAGAGAAAGAACGAACAGGAGACAAGCAAUAAGAAGAUUGUAUACGCCUAUGGUCACGAUCCGCCGCCCAUUGAGCAUCACCUCAAUGUCCCCAACGAUGAGAUUACGCUCCUCACCCUGCAUCCUCUGGAACUGGCGCGCCAGCUCACCCUGCUGGAGUUCGAGAUGUACAAGAAUGUGAAGCCAUCGGAGCUCGUCGGUUCGCCCUGGACGAAGAAGGACAAGGAGGUUAAGAGCCCAAAUUUGCUAAAAAUAAUGAAACACACCACCAACGUGACCCGCUGGAUUGAGAAAUCCAUCACUGAGGCGGAGAACUACGAGGAGCGGUUAGCGAUCAUGCAAAGGGCCAUCGAGGUGAUGAUGGUGAUGCUGGAGCUAAACAAUUUCAAUGGGAUCCUCUCGAUUGUCGCGGCCAUGGGCACGGCAUCGGUGUUUCGACUGAAGCUGACAUUCCAGGGAUUGCCAGAACGCUACCGAAAGUUCUUGGACGAAUGCCGCGAGCUCAGUGACGAUCACCUUAAAAAGUAUCAGGAACGAUUGCGAUCUAUCAAUCCGCCUUGUGUGCCAUUUUUCGGUCGCUACCUGACCAACAUACUCCACUUGGAGGAGGGCAAUCCAGAUCUGCUGGCCAACACGGAGCUCAUUAACUUCUCGAAGCGACGGAAAGUGGCCGAGAUCAUUGGCGAAAUUCAACAGUACCAGAACCAGCCAUACUGCCUCAACGAGGAACCUACCAUUCGACAGUUCUUUGAGCAACUGGAUCCGUUUAACGGGCUGUCCGACAAACAGAUGUCCGACUAUCUUUAUAACGAGAGCAUGCGCAUUGAGCCAAGGAACUGCAAGACGGUGCCCAAAUUUCCUCGCAAAUGGCCGCACAUUCCGCUUAAAUCGCCGGGCAUCAAGCCGCGUCGUCAGAAUCAGACGAACAGCAGCAACAAGGUGUCGAACAGCACAUCGUCAGCCGCAGCGGCAGCAUCGUCGACGGCGGCCACAAUAGCGACAGUGGCAGCGCCGUCGGUGCAUUCGGCCAGCACAAUGGAACCGCCGGCGACCUCCAAUGCUGGACCUGGAACACUUGCCGGCGAACAAAGCCCACAGCACAAUCCGCACGCGUUCUCCGUUUUCGCCUCUGUCAUUAUACCCGAAAGGAAUACCAGCAGCUGGAGCGGAACACCGCAGCACACUCGGGCCGAUCAGAACAACGGGGAGGUUUCGGUGCCGGCGCCACACCUCCCAAGGAAGCCGGGCGUUCAUGUCUGGGCCAAUGCCAAUGCGGCUAUGACGGACGUGUUCAGUCCAGCCGGACUGCCGGAGCAUCUUCCACCGCAGUCGCUGCCGGAUAGCAAUCCCUUUGCGUUGGGUAUGUCGGACCCAGAUGCGCCGCUCUCGCCGCUGCCCAAGCUAGUGGUUAGUCCGCGCCACGAAACCGGCAAUCGAUCACCAUUCCAUGUGCAGUACAGCCCAACGCAUAGUAUGUAUUCGGGGACGACUGGAGCUGUUGUGUCCGGGGAGGAGGUCAGUCCGCGAACGGGCGGCUUUUACUACAAUAGCGCCCAUCAGGGACAGCCGGGAGCAGUGCCCAUUUCGCCGCACGUUAACGUACCGACCCCCUCCAACCUGGAAUACAGAGGAGUGCCGCCGCCACUGCCUCCGCGACGCAAGGAGCGCACGGAAAGCUGUGCAGACAUGGCGCAAAAGCGACAAGCGCCAGACGCACCCACAUUGCCCCCGCGUGAUAGCGAACUUAGUGCGCCGCCGAUACCGCCACGGCUCAACAAUUCCAUGGGCGUGAGUUACUUGCGGCACAGUCACGGCAAAAGCAAGGAGUUUGUGGGCAAGAGCAGUCUGCUCCUGCCCAACACCAGCAGUAUUAUGAUACGCCGCAACUCGGCGAUCGAGAAGCGGACAGCGGCAAAUACACAGCAACCGGAGCAGGCCAUUGGCACUACGCUUGUGACGGUCUCGCAGGCGGUGGCCCCGGACGAACAGCCACCGCCAUCGAUCUCGCCACCUUUGAGCUCCUCGACGACCACAUCACCGCUGACACCUGCCGACACCGCGUCCAUGUCCCCGAUCAUUCCCAGCCAUACGGUGGAGAGCACGUCGAGCAGCUAUGCCCACCAACAGCGAUUGCGGCAGCAGCAGCAGACGCAUCCGGCGAUCUACUCGCAACACCAGCAGGGCCCACAUCUGCCGCACCACCAUCACCAGCACCAUUCGAAUCCGACGCAAUCGCGCUCGUCCCCAAAGGAGUUUUUUCCGAUUGCCACGAGCCUCGAGGGCACACCCAAACUUCCACCAAAACCUAGUCUAAGCGCUAACUUCUAUAGCAAUCCAGAUAAAGGUACGAUGUUUCUUUACCCAAGUACAAACCAAGAAUAAUUUAAAUUGCCUGGCGAUGUGAUAGGACAAAAACAAAACUACGAGUAUGAUCUACGUAAGAUUCAAAGUUGAGAGUACUGCCCGCGUGCAGAUAUAUAUGAACGGAACGUGAGAUACAUAUAUAUAUAUAUACGUAGGUACAGUAACGUAUUCUAGUUGGCAUACAUAAAUGCAAAUAUGGACCGAGUUGGAUCUGAUGAAUUUUAUUAUUCGAAACUCAUAAAACAAAACAAAGUACACUCUCAUUUACACAAGAAGCACAGCAUAUACAUACACGCGAAUGCAAACAGACAAAAACCCAACAACAAAUGCGAAAAAGAAAUUAUGUUAUUAUAUAAUUAUUAUUAUAAAUAUUUGUAAAUAUCGAGAACAUUGUAUUGAUCGUAGAACGUAAAACAAUAAAAUAUAACCCUAUUGUUAGACAGUU